GGAAGCCGCUGCUGUUCUGUGGGUGGGGCGCUGUCAGGAGGCGGGGAGCGUCGUGGUGGCUCCUGAAGCGACAGCGAUGAGGCGGGAUGUGCGCAUCCUCCUGCUGGGGGAGGCCCAGGUGGGGAAGACCUCCUUGAUCAUGGCCUUGGUAGGCGAGGAGUUCCCUGAAGAGGUGCCGUCUCGUGCGGAAGAGAUCACAAUUCCGGCAGAUGUCACGCCUGAGAAAGUCCCCACCCACAUUGUGGACUACUCAGAAUCAGAGCAGACAGACGAGGAGCUCCAAGAGGAGAUUGCCAAGGCGAAUGUGGUCUGCAUGGUGUACGAUGUCACGGAGGAAUCCACCAUUGACAAGAUUCGGACAAAAUGGAUCCCAAUGGUGAAUGGUGGAGCUGAAAAAUGUUCCAGGAUCCCCAUCAUCCUUGUAGGAAACAAGUCCGACUUGCAGACUGGGAGCUCCAUGGAAACCAUCUUGCCCAUCAUGAACCAGUUCUCGGAAAUUGAGACCUGCGUGGAGUGUUCUGCAAAAAACCUGAAGAACAUCUCUGAGCUGUUCUAUUACGCCCAGAAGGCUGUUCUGCACCCAACAGCACCUCUCUACGACCCAGAGGAGAAGCAGCUGAGGCCAGCGUGCGCACGGGCCCUCACUCGGAUCUUCAAUAUGUCUGACCAGGAUAACAACCAGAUCCUAAGCGAUGAGGAGCUGAACUAUUUCCAGAAGUCCUGCUUCGGAAAUCCUUUGGCACCUCAGGCUCUGGAAGAUGUGAAAAUGGUGGUCUGGAAAAACACAACAGACGGAGUCCAGGACAACGGACUGACCCUCAAUGGCUUCCUUUUCCUCAAUACGCUCUUCAUCCAAAGGGGGCGUCAUGAGACCACGUGGACUAUCCUGCGUCGCUUUGGCUAUGAUGAUGCCCUGGAGCUGACAGAUGACUAUCUCUGCCCGCCAAUCCGGGUGCCUCAUGAUAGCUCCACCGAGCUGAAUCAUUUUGGUUACCAGUUCCUGCAGAAGAUGUUUGAGAAGCAUGACAAGGACAGUGAUGGAGCCCUCUCUCCCGCUGAGCUGCAGAGCUUCUUUAGUGUAUUCCCCUACAUGCCCUGGGGGCCUGAGCUCUACCACACGGUAUGCACCACUGAUAAAGGCCUGCUUUCCCUGCAUGGAUUCCUCUGCCAGUGGACGCUGGUUGCCUACCUGGAUGUCCAUCGCUGCCUGAAGCACCUGGCUUACCUUGGCUACCCCAUCUUCUCUGAGCAGGACUCUCAGAUCCACGCCAUCACAGUUACACGGGAAAAAAGGAUUGACUUGGAGAAGGGCCAGACACAUCGGAAUGUUUUCCUGUGCAAAGUGAUUGGAUCCCGAGGUGCUGGCAAGUCUGCAUUCCUGCAAGCCUUCCUUGGGAAGAACUUGGCUGCCCAAAGGGAAUCAAAGGGGAAGGAGUCCUUCUAUUCAAUUAACACAGUGCAAGUCAAUGGGCAGGAAAAGCAUCUGAUACUGCACGAGAUUAAUGUGGAGACGGAGUUUGCGAAGGCAUCUGAUGCAGCUUGCGAUGUUGCCUGCUUAUUGUACGACGUGACGGACCACAAGUCUUUCAACUAUUGUGCCAGCAUUUAUAAGCAGCACUACAUGGACGGGCAGAUCCCUUGCCUCUUCGUGGCCUCCAAGGCAGACCUGCCAGAAACGUCGCCACAGCAUGGCCUCUCGCCGGCCGAGUUCUGCUACAAGCACCGCCUGCCGCCCCCAUUUUACUUCACCUGCAGUGGGCAGGGCCCACCCAGCCUCACCGCCUUCGCCAAACUGGCCACGGCUGCCACCUUCCCGCACUUGAACGACAUCACCCUGGGUGCCGCCACCUUCUGGAUCCGGGUAGCUUUGGGAGCUACGGUCGCUGCGGUUGUGGGAGUCACACUCUACAAGGUGCUGGCGAAGAAUAAGUGAAAUAAGAGAAGCGGAGCCUUCUCCUUCUUCUGCUGCUGCUCCUCCUCUGCCAUUUCUCCACCCGAAGGUAGAACACCAGCUUCAUUUGCACACCCAGGAAGAAAUGGAGGCCAGGGGAAGAAGACAGCACACACACACACACCCCGCCGAAGACUGGAUUCCCCCUCCUCCUCCUCCCUGACUCUCCCUGCAGGGCAAGGUGGUGUCGGAGGAAGACGACCAUUGCACCAGCAAAAGCAAAAAUAGUCCUAGAGUCAUCCAGCUGGCAUGGGCAGGACUCACCUUCUCAUUCCACCCAUUUCCUCCCAUCCCCAAAAAGGACAUUUCCCACACUCAGGGAGUGCUGACGCUGUCCCCCGCUCCCCAGUUUCCUUCCAGCUAUAGCUUUAGGAAAUCCACUCUGCUGCUUGACAUAUCUCAAGGCUCCCCUUAACUUUUUACCGCAUCUGAUUGUCUUGCAGCUAAAAGGCUUUUUAAAAAAACAAAACAUUUCUUUCGGUGGGAGGAAGCUCAAGGCGGCACCUCAGGAAAGCUGUCUGCGCCGUUGCGUCCCUGGUUCCUCUCCGGCAGGAGGAGGACUGUCCGGCCAGCCUCUUCUCCAGCGUCUUGUUUCUGCAGCGAUGGGUUUUCAGUACACUAUUUCCAUCCCGGGAGAGCUCAAGGGCUUCUGGGACAUUUAAUUCUUCUUGGAGCACUGUUUGCAUCAGGGAGCUUCGCACACAGGCCUCUGUUGGGACAUAACUGACAAGAAGGAGGCAGCAAAAGAAGGCCACCAAGGCUGCAGGUGGUAGCUUAAAAGAUGGAGUCUUAAGUCUGAUCUUUGGCAUGCUGCCCUCAGGCUCGAUGUGCCUCCCGGUACUCAUGUUAUCCUCUCUCAUCUUUGCGCCGUGUCCUGCAUUUUGAGUGGUUAUACUGGGUCUCUUGCUAUGGGCAACCUGGAAGUCCCCCUCUCCCCAGGGACCCGGUUGCCCAGGGUAGGCCAAGGUAACUCCUCUGGGCCACAGAGUGAAGAAGAUACUCCCCCAAAAAAGCCUGAGGGAUCCAAAGGCGGUUUAGGAAGCCCAUUGACUCUGCCUCAGUGUGUCUGGUUGGCUGUCCUCCUCAGCAGUCCCAGUUUCUGCUUUAGACCCCAACAGAUUAGGAAGGAAGAGGUAGCUGUGGUGGUGGUGUUGGAGGACGGGGAAAUGGCAGUACCUCCCAGAGUGUGUUUGGGUCAAUAGUAGGGCACACAUAAUUGUAACAGGCAAAGCUUUUUCCCACCAUUCCUCACCCCGUCAGGAAGAGUGUCCACCAGGGCAGUUUUUGUGUGCCACACUCCCUUGUUUUGAAGGUGGCAGGACAGAUAAAGAGGUCUCUCUUUCCAGUAGGGUUUGCUCUUGCAGUGGCAGGGCUCCCUCUCUCAAGCCCUACUUUUUAAAACUUAGCCUUUGUUUUAAAAUAGUUGUGUAGAUAUGUACAUGGUAAACGGAGCAUAUUUCUGCAUCCCUAGUAAACAGCUCGGAUUUUUUUUUAAAAGAAACUUUUUAGCUGCAGAUGUAAUAAUCAGCUCUUCCUGCACACUUAACAUGAUAGGCGAGGGGGGUUUGCUGUUGGGUUCCUCCCCUGUGCUAUCUCCGCAUGGGGAAGUUUUCAUCUCAACCCUUCUGCCCUGCAUGAUUUUGGGAUGCAAACUGCACAUAGAAUAAAGAUGCCUCUCUUUGGACUGAGCUGUGCAGUCAGGACCGGCUCCACACAAGGGGAACCAUUAAAUGUCAGGGGCGGGAAACCUUUCGCCCUCCAGCUAUUGGUGAACAGCAUUGCCCAUUCGUCUCAGCCAGCAUGGCCGAGAGGCAAGGCUGAUGGGAGAUGUUGUACAACAACAGCUGGGUUGACAAAAACCACCCCCCCUCCAUAAAAAAAACCUGGUUCAUGUGUACCAAGAUACAGGUAGAGAUGAGAAGCAACUAUUUCCACAGUGGUGGUGUUCAUUCCCUGUCCCCAGCUACAGUGAUUGCAAAAACAGCCCCAGCUCUUCCCACCUGCAGCUGGGCUAAUUCUGCUGUUUCCUCUCCCCACGCCCCCAAUAGGAUUGCUUGCAAAUAGGCACUCGUAUAUCAGGUGAGCUUUGUGAACUGCCCUUCUAUCAGCGCCAAGGAAAUAAAACUUACCAGUAUUGGGGAUUUCCAGGUAGAUCCCUUUUUUGCCUGACUUUUUUUUAAGAGCUUGGGGUAGGGGAGUGGCAAUAAGACCAAUAUACCAAGGUGUCUGUUGCUCAUCUCCCACCUGCAGUAGAAGGGAGUGAGCUUCGGAGGACGUUAGCCCCUUUCGCUCCGGAUAGUUUGAAACAAAACCUGCUUUUAAAGCAUUCCCCUUUGUCAUCGCCUCCCUUGCCAACUGCCAGCCGCAGAAGAGCCUAAAGUGGUGUUAAUGGGAGCGCCAGGCAGGCUAGCCAACUUCCUCAUCUGACACGUACAUCAAUUUCUUUCCCAGUGACUGCCAGCACCCCGGUCCCAGCCCUUCCCUCUCCCUGUAGUUUCCUCCUGAUGCUGCAUUACGUCUUGCAGUCUCAUCCAGGAGCCUUGACAGCCAGUACAUUGGACCCUGGGAGUAACAAGGAGAGUGUGGGGCAGUGGCACAGGGCAAUGGAGGGGAAGAGGGGGACACCGAGAGCCUUGGGUCUGGAAGAGCUCCUUCAAGAUGGCCCCCAGUCAUCUUUCACUAGGAUAUAUUGAGAUGUGCAGCUAUCAGCACAGUUUUAAAUGUCGGCCUAGAAUGGUGCUGCUGGAUCCAUUGCUGGGCAACACAAGUCUAUGCUUUUAAAGCCCUUCCCAGCAUUAGAAAAUCACUGACAGUUGGAUUGUAUAGCUGUGGGAAGACUGCGCUGCAUCAUGGUUCCCUUAAGCAACGCAGUGUCUCCACAGCCGGCUGCUGGUGCUUGGCGUCGGACACGGCUGUAGACUGAGCCUGGCUCACCUGUAUCUACCAGGCAGCUGAUCAAUCCAGGAAAUGUUCCCCUAGCACGGCCUUCACCAAGCUGGUGCCCUCCAGAUGUUUUGGACUACAGCUCUCGCCAGCCUCACAAAGGAGAUACCAAGUCCUCCCUGGUCACAACCAUACCUGACGCCACUGCUGUUUGUGUUGUCCUCACCCCACCUCCCAAUUCCUGCCGCACAGUCUUGGGUAGCAGAACUGCACACCACAAUGGCGUCAUGACAGUGGGAGGGGUGGGGGCCUUUGCUGAGGGCUGCCAAUUUUCUGUGGUAGCUCCAAAUUCCUUGUAGCAUGUAGGUCCCCCCUCAGUCCCCUUGGUCAAACGAGUGGGGAAACCCUCAUUUCUCUUUCACUGGAGUUUUCCUCUCAGUAAUCUCUUUAUUUUUGAUCUCGAUAGAAAUCUGUCUUGCCCCAAAGAGAAACCUCUCUGCUCCACAGUCCUUUUGUUUCUACCUUCCCUGAGGCUCCUCUAUCUCAGAUUUGCUGGGAAAACCUUAAGUAGGGAGCCAAAUCAAAUAAUUUGAUGGUUACAUCUUAGUCUUCAUUGCCCAUGCUUUUCAGAUUUGGUUUUUACAACAUUUAAGGACAGGACCGAGUCUGUAUUUUUAUGGCUGGUUUUGAAACAAAAUUCUAGAGCCCUCCCUCUUUAGUGCAAAGCAUGCCCCCUUGUGCUAUUUCAGAAUGUGUGAAUGACAUUCAGGGUCUUCUUUGGGUUUUCCUGUAGCACCGCACACGCGCGCACACACGCACGCAUGCACAUGCAUGCGCGCGCGCACACACACACACACACACACACACACCGGUCUGCAGGCAUACUGGGAAUGCUUUUCAACUAAGCAGGAGAUCCACAGAGAUCCCAUGGAUCUGCUUUCUCUGGGGAAGAUGUCUGCAGUGCUUCGAUGAUGGCAUUUUGGACUCUCCUAAACAAUCACUAGGUGACUCAUAUUGUGCUGCCAUUAUGCCUAUCAGCAAAAUCGUCUGCAGAUAUUCUGGAACUGUGAUGUGCUAAGCCUCAAAUUGCCACUCUCCCUCUCCCAGGCUUGCUCCUUUGCCUUUUAAUGCUAGACUUCCAUGCAAGUCAUGGGCUUUUUCAGGCAUGGAAAUAGCCAAAGGAAAAGCUUCGCCUAGUAAAUUUCUGUGCUGGGCUGUUGCUAAAAUCCAACAACAUCCAGAGAGUGCUUUAGAACUUGAAGAAAUGCCUAAGUGUGGGGCAAAAGCCUGGCUUAAGAGUGGUGGUUAAAGUCCAUGGCUGAACUAUGGGCAAAGUGGUGAUUUUGUAGGCCAGGGUUUGGUCCAUAGGUUGCUGACUACCUAAUGGCACCAAGCAUUGCUCAUUGGCUGAUAGAGGAUCCAGCAUGUUAUUUACUGGUGUUUUUAAGGGAUCUGCAAAAACAAGCGUUUAACUCCCAGAUUGCAUCUUGCAAAGUACUGCAAACUUCCCUCCUUUAGAUUCCAGAAGCCCUGCGCUGGAUUGCAGUUGCUUUUGAUGUGUCAGCAAUAAGCACAGUGCUUUUUCACCCUUGGAGUUUCAUUGUUCUCCAGACCCCCCAAAAUACUCUUAUUCUGUCAUCUCUGCCACCACGCUGGAUAAAUAUUUGAUGCUCAGUAGAUUUUGAUAUCUAAGAAAGAAAGAAAAGCAACCCUCCAAGAUGUUUGUUU